AUGUCCGCCCCGCCCCAAAUCGCUGUCCGCCACCCCCUUGCUGUAGUGUUUCUGCUGCACAUCGCACUGGAGGUCCCAAUAGCGCUACAGGGACUCUGGUCGCCCGUCAGCUUGCCAUUCCUACAGCUGACGAACACGACGCUCAUAUUCAUCAAGAUGUAUUCCGCUUUGGUAGCAGGACUCUGUAUCGCCGCACUGCUCAUGUUCCCGCUACCUGAGUUUUUGCCCGGCAAGCGUGCUCUCGGACUGGCUCUUUGCUUCUACCACGUCACCUGUUCCACCAUCCUGUAUAAUGCCCCCCGUUUUAUCCCGCACACACUCGGACCUCUCGCUGAAUCGUACAAGAUUACUCCCGAAUUAGUCUGGGGGACGGGGCAUGGAAUCGUUGGCUUCUCAUUUGCAAUCUGGUGGCAACUUACCGUUGGUAUCGCUCGACUGGCCCAUCAGAAGACACAAUGA